AUGGCCUCCGCCGGCCCCAAAAGGAGAGAGGACAACUGGGUCGAUGGUCUCCGAGGUGUCGCGUCCUUCAUCGUCGUGACCGGCCAUAUAUGCACCGCAUUCGUUCCCUACCUACACAGCCCCGCCCCGAGAGAGGGUGCCGGGCCUCUGCUCUUCCAGCUUCCCUUCUUCAGACUGGUCGUGGGCGGCCGUGGUGCCGUGGCUAUCUUUUUCAUCAUCACCGGCUUCGUCAACUCACUCAACCCCGUCAAGAAUUCCCGCAACAACAACACCUCCGUGGCCCUGGUCAAUCUGGCUAGGAGCACCUUCACCCGCUCAGGCCGGCUGGUUCUUCCAACCUCCAUCGCUAUCUGCAUCGCUUGGUUCUUGGCACAAAUGGGUGCGUUUCACAUGGCCUCUCGGGUCAAUGCGACCUGGAUCCGUGUACAGGCCCAUCCACCGGAUUCGUCCUGGGGGGAGGCUCUGUUCAAACUGUUCCGUGCCCUGACCCUAUAUUGGAAUGCUGGUCCUGGUGAAUACGAUGGAACUCACUGGACUCUUGUAUAUUUCCUGCAAGGCUCGUUCCGGAUAUACUUAGCGCUUUUGGCCAUGAUGCUUCUCAAGACACGGUAUUGGCGCCUGGUCACCCUUUUCCUCUAUGUCUGGUGCUGGUCUAUCGGAGAUUAUAUCGUUGGAAUAAAUAUUUUCGCAGGUCUCAUGCUCGCACAGCUCCAGGUCGACCUUGGCUCUCGUGCCACCUCCUUUCUUCCCAAUCCCGUCCCUUCUCUCAUUAUUAUCAUGGGUCUUUUCAUAUGGAGCUUCCCACAGCACAAUGCAGAAUGGAUGUACUGGUCACGGAUAAUGAAACAUUUCUUGGAACAAAUCAUCCCCAACAACACCGACAUCUCUCGUUACUGGGUUUCCAUCGGCACCUCAGUCCUUAUGCAUCUACAACCCCAAUAA